AAACAAAACAAAACGCCUAUUGUACCUUUAAACGGUUUAAAACAAUUUUCUAUUUAAGUUAAAGAGUUACAGUGAGCGCGCGCUCGGGAAGCCUCCAGAAUUUCCGUGGUACUUUCUGGAAGCAUGAAAUGGACACCUGAGUAAUUAAAGCUCCUUUUUUGUACUGCAAAACGGGCUUCUUGUAUAUUUUGCCCCGUCAAAAUAUACACAUAUAACUUAAUAUUUAUAUGGUGGAUGAGUAGAUAUACUUACAUAUAUAUACACACAUAUUGCUGUUUUCAAAGACACCUUGCGAAGCUACUUAUUGCCAUGCGACCAGCUAGCUAGCUUAGAUCUGAGUCACCGGAGUGGUCGAAAUGGAGAGCGGGGAUGGAGUCAGUCGCUUCCCGUUUCCCUUUAAGCCGUAUCCGAUCCAGGAGCGCUUCAUGGAGGCGCUGUACACCGUGCUCGAGGAGGGCAAAGUGGGCAUCUUCGAGAGCCCCACCGGCACGGGGAAGUCUCUGAGUCUGAUCUGUGGUGCUCUGACAUGGCUGAAAGACUUUGAGGAGAAGAAACGACAAGAAGCUGAGAAGCUCCUGGAGCACACAGUGAGCGCGAGCGCAGUAGGUGGAGGAGGAAAAAAUGGGGACGGAAUCACGGUUCGGGAGGAGGAGAAAAGUAACAGCGCCGGCGUUGAUGGAGAGCUGGACUGGGUUUCAGAGUUUGUGCAGAAAAGAGCAGAGAGAGAGCUGGUGAACAAAUUAAAGGAUGAGGAGAUGAAAAGGAAGAGGAGAGAGGACCGACUGGAGAUGAUCAGACACAACGCUCAGCUAAAAUACACCAUGAAGAGAAAAAACAGUGAGAAUAGCGAGACUGAAAAGCUGCUGCAGUUCAGUAAGAAGGACGCGGGAUCAGAAGACGGACCUGACGAAGACGAAGAGGACGGGCUCGUUGUUGCGGAUUACGAAAGCGAUGAAGAAACCACACCCAAAAACAGGCUCUGUGAUGAGGAGGAGGAUGAUGAUGAUCUGGAGGAAGAGCAUGUCACUAAGAUUUAUUACUGCAGCCGUACACACUCGCAGCUGGCCCAGUUCGUGCAUGAAGUGCAGAAGAGUCCGUAUAACUCCACAGUCAGCUUGGUCAAUCUCGGGUCUAGACAGAAUCUGUGCAUUAAUCCAGAGGUGGCACGACUGGGAAGCGUUCAGCUGAUCAACGAUCGCUGUAUGGAGCUGCAAAAAAAUAAACACGAUAAGCAGGACAAGGUGGACUCGGAGCCUAAACGCCGCCGCGGUGCCGUCAAAGCGACGUGUGCGUUCUCAGGCUAUGAGAAGAUGAUGACGAUGCGAGACGAGGUGCUGGCGAGCGUCAGAGACAUCGAGCAGCUCGUGCAGCAUGGCCGAGACACGCACACCUGCCCUUAUUACAGCACACGGCUUGCUAUUCCUGCAGCUCAGGUGGUGGUGUUGCCGUAUCAAUCACUCCUUCAUGCUGCGACUCGCAAGGCGUCCGGGAUCAAACUGAAGGAUCAGAUCGUCAUUAUCGACGAGGCUCACAACCUCGGGGACACGAUCACGGCACUGCACAGUUCCGAGGUCAACGGAGCACAGCUGUGCAGGGCUCACUCGCAGCUCUCUCAAUACUGCGAGCGCUACAGGAGCCGCCUGAAGGCCAAGAAUCUGAUGUAUAUCAAGCAAAUCCUGUUUGUGCUGGAGGGGCUUGUGCGCACUCUUGGAGGGAAGGUGGGCCUGAAUCCUGUGACUCAGAGCACUCAGUCAGGAACUGAACUGUUAACCAUUAACGACUUCCUGUUCAGAGCUCAGAUAGACAACAUCAACCUGUUCAAGGUGCAGAGAUAUUUGGAGAAGAGUCUGAUCAGCAGGAAGUUGUUUGGAUUUUCUGAGAAGUAUGAAGGGAGCGGUGUAAGCACACACACAAGUUCUAUGAAUAAGGAGAAUCGCAGAACCGAAGGACUCGGACGCUUCUUGCAGGGCCUUCAGAGCAAAGCUACAGCUCCUGUAGAGUAUCAGGGUUCAGAAGAAGACAGACCCAUUAUGGCGUCUCCUAUGAUGCUUGUGGAAAGUUUCCUUUUCGCUCUCUCCAGCGCCAACAAAGAUGGAAGAGUGGUGAUGGAAAAACAAACAUGCCUGGCUCAGAGUAGUGUAAAGUUUCUCAUGCUGAAUGCAGCAGUUCAUUUUGCACAAGUUCUCCAGGAAUGCAGGGCCGUCGUAAUUGCCGGGGGAACCAUGCAGCCUGUCUCAGACUUUAAGGAGCAGCUUCUCCUGUCAGCUGGAGCUCAUAAGGAGCGCAUUGCAGAGUUUUCAUGUGGUCAUGUCAUCCCUCCGGAGAAUAUUCUACCCAUAAUCCUCUGCACUGGACCCUCUGGACAGGAGCUUGAGUUUACCUUCCAGACCAGAGACAGACCACAGAUGAUGGAGGAGACGGGGCGUGUUCUGUCCAACCUGUGCAACGUGGUUCCAGGAGGCGUGGUGUGUUUCUUCCCCUCUUAUGAGUACGAGAGGAGAAUUCUGGGACACUGGGAGAGUAACGGAGUCCUCCAACGACUCGCAGCCAAAAAGAAGAUUUUCCAGGAACCGAAGAAAGCGAGUCAGGUGGAGCGGGUGUUGUCCGAGUACUCCAGGUGCAUCCAGCGCUGCAGCAAUACUGGAGGCGGCCAGUCGGGGGCACUAUUGUUCUCGGUGGUUGGAGGAAAGAUGAGUGAAGGGAUUAAUUUCUCAGAUGACCUGGGCAGAUGUAUUGUGAUGGUCGGAAUGCCGUACCCCAACAUCAAGUCCCCUGAACUUCAGGAGAAAAUGGCGUAUUUAGACAAGCACAUGCCUCAUGUGGAUGGCCGAAGUCCAGGGAAGGCUUUAAUCGAAAACCUGUGCAUGAAAGCUGUCAAUCAGUCAAUUGGCCGGGCGAUUCGUCACAGGGAUGAUUACGCCUGUAUCGUGUUGUGUGACCGACGCUACGCCCGCACCGGCACGCUGCAGAAACUUCCCGAGUGGAUCCGAAGCAGCACACGCACUCACAGCAACUUCGGGCCGGCCUUCGCCGGCAUCAGGAAGUUUUUCCUGGAGAAGCGACGAACACAGCACUGAGCAGGACGCCACGUGACCUCAGUUCUACAUCGCUGUCCGAAUGCAAGGGUUUGUUGUUGUUGUUUUUAAAACCAGUGUGCGUGUAGUUGUGUAAUCCUGUAAAACCUACGUCACUAAUUAACAUUACUGUUAACCAGUCUGUUUCGUUCAGCUGUGUUGUACUCACGUGUUCACGCGAGACUGUUACGGUUUAAUGUGAAUAAAGUCGAUAUAACGAGAGAAACGCGAGAUUUGUCGACGAUAACCUCUCACAUGUAUGAUUUUUUUUCUGUCUCUCUGAUGGUUUUUCAGAACUUCAUUUAAGGCUUUCCUGCACACAGUGUGCCUGGGCCGUGUGUUUUCCCCAGCAGAUGGUAGAAAAUAAUCAGUGCGUAAAGAAAGUAAUUACACACAUUACACACGUUGCUCUUCAGCUUCCCAGAUUUUACUGAUUACUGAAUAAGAUUUCACAAGUUUCUUUUCUAUGAAUAUUUUAUCUUUUCAUAUGCAGGGAUGGAUAAAUUAUAAAUCCAUGAGCUGGUCCAGUUUUCUGCCCAGUCCCAUGUUUCGGUUGCUGGGAAACUGACCAAACUAAAAAAAAAGUCAUAGUUAACAUAAUACAACAAUGUUGUUAAGUGCAGUGAAUUUCACUGUGAGUUUAGAAAUAGUAUCCUCUUCUUAGAAAGUUCCUAAGUAGCACAGAGUCAAUGAGACAACCUGUCAGGUGCUAUACACGGUACUACCGAGUGAAGGAACGCGCCACUGACAUUUUAUAAAAGGUUUUUCUUUGUCCGUUACAGGAGAAUUGAGUGCAUGAAUAUUCCGUUUUAUAAAUCGUCACAUGGCAUAAAGUCCCAAUAAUCUGCUAAAAGGAUGAGAUUACAUAUACAGAGUUUCCCUACAUCAUCUAGGCAUGUAAUCUGAUCUGUAUUUUAGCAAACGACCAUUAAAAAAGCUCGGAACUUAUUUUAACGUGACCUUGUCCAAUCCGCGUCUGUUGCGCUGCCAUGGUUUCAGAAAGGUCCAUCUGUGCUUUCAGUUCUUAAAGAGUCAUUCAUAAAUGGUCUGUCUUGG